GUCUGAUAAAAGCCAUAUUUAUUUACGAUAUUCAUAUGUAAAUAUAUCAAUUGCUGUGGAUAUAUAGAGAUAGAUAUCUAUCUAUAUUCUACUGUUUCCUGCGUCAUUGGCGGCGACUCCCAUUCCCGCCGAGCUUCUUCCGUCAUUGAAACCUCUCCACUAACACUAACAGGCUAGCACUAACGAACACGGCUGCGAUCUGCCAUUCGUCAUACCAGCAACGUGCAAAGAAUAAUCUUUUCACUGUCGUCUCCGUCGUUUUUCUUCUUCGUCAACACCCGCCAGACACUACCAGACACUGCCAGAUACCUCAGUCGCAGCUCUCCUUCCAACGACAGGCCAGCACGCACGCACACAAAGAGAUCGCCAUCCUGGACAUCACCCCGCAUCCACGCUUGCUUCCUAUGCCAGCCGCUCCACGCUGCUGCUAAUCCCCCUCGCCCCCUUACCCUCUCCUCCCGCUUCUCCCCUCGCCGUCUCCUCGUAACCAUGAGUACCAUACAGAGUCUGAAGAAUUUCAUCCGCCAUGGCAAACAAGCCCGCCUGGUCACGCCUCAUGCCGAACCAACCACCGACGUCACCGCCGUCCACGCCGAACAACAACGCCAGCCGCACGGCCAGUACACGAAUAAUCUCGAUGAGAUCGAGCAGAAGCGCAGCAAUGGCCAGCAGAAAUCCCCCGACUCGAACGCCAAGAUUUCGCGCGCCGAUAUCGAGCGAUUGGUCGCCGAAGAACGACACAGCAAGUCCAAGAUGCCCAAAUAUCCGGGCUUGGAACGAUGGAUCUUGAUUGAGAAAAUGGGCGACGGCGCUUUCAGCAAUGUCUACCGUGCGCGUGACAGCGAGGGCCAGCUCGGUGAGGCGGCCAUCAAAGUCGUACGGAAGUUUGAAAUGAAUAGCAACCAGGGUGACGCCCAUGUUCUUCCGCCGUUUCGAAAGAAGCCCAAAGCCGUGGAGCGGGCCAACAUCUUGAAAGAAGUUCAGAUCAUGCGCCAAUUAGACCAUCCCAACAUCGUUAAAUUGAUUGGCUUUUCCGAGUCCCCUCAAUUCUACUACAUCAUUCUCGAGCUCUGUCCGGGUGGAGAACUGUUCCAUCAAAUUGUAAGAUUGACCUACUUUAGCGAAGAGCUGAGUCGCCAUGUUAUUACCCAAGUGGCCGAGGCUAUUGAAUAUCUUCAUGAGACAUCCGGCGUUGUACAUCGCGAUAUCAAACCGGAAAAUUUACUCUUUUACCCCUCCCAAUUUACUCCUACUAAAUACCCCAAGCCUCACCAAGCAGGCGAUGAAGAUAAGGCGGACGAAGGAGAAUUCAUUCCCGGAGUUGGGGCUGGUGGUAUUGGAACAAUUAAAAUCGCAGAUUUUGGCCUUUCCAAAGUUAUCUGGGACAGUCAAACAAUGACCCCAUGUGGUACAGUGGGCUAUACCGCCCCAGAAAUCGUCAAGGAUGAGAGGUAUUCGAAGAGCGUCGACAUGUGGGCUCUCGGCUGUGUCCUCUACACUCUACUCUGCGGCUUCCCACCGUUUUACGAUGAGAGCAUUCAAAUUCUAACCGAAAAAGUCGCCCGUGGGCAAUACACCUUCUUGUCGCCAUGGUGGGACGAUAUCUCCAAGUCGGCCCAAGACCUCGUCUCUCACCUCCUAACCGUCGACCCCGACAAGCGGUACUCCAUCCGCGAAUUCCUCAACCAUCCCUGGAUCAAGCAAACCAACGAAACAACCUACGCUGCCGCCGACGCACCACCUCUCGCCACUCCUCUUGUUAUACGACAGAAAGAAGGCGACUACGAGAGCCGAGAAUUUGACCAACUCGCACCACCCACGACCGCAUCCGAGCGCCGCAUGGACUUCCGAUCCCCCGGUGCCGUCAACCUCCGCGAAGUAUUCGAUGUUGGCUACGCCGUCCACCGCCAAGAAGAGGAAGGCAAACGCCGAAAGAACUUUCGGCAGGGCUACCGCGGUGCCAACGCAGUCACAGGCCUUAACCCGCUCAACGAAGACUACGACGACGACGACGAAGUCAUCGCCCAAGAACCUGCUCCCGAGAACCCUCCUGCUAAGAUCCCUCGCUCCUCGCAACAAGCCAACGACGUCGCAGCAAUGGAAUCCAAAAUGCGCUCGACCAAUCUCGGCACUACGCCCAGCAGCGCCGCCCAAGCACGACAGGUCGCGACAAACCGACAAUCGCGCCAGCAACAAGGCUACGGCCAGCACAGUGCAACUGUCGCUGCGGCCGCCAGACAAAAUGCUGCACGUACCGCUAGACAGCCUUUUGAACUCAAUCUCGCCAACGCAACUUUACUCGAGAGACGAAGACAUCCCGACCAGGAGGUCAUAUAGAUUCUCUUCCUACAUCACACCCAUCUACUCCCAUUAUACAAUUUUGACCAUCUGGCCUGUCGAUACUCUAUAAUCAUUAGUAUUCUCAUUGAUUUCUUCUCCUCGCUAGGUGCAGUUUUUCCGGGUUGGCGUUUACGUAUGCAUGUUUUACUUGAUAGGCGUUGUGCGUGUCUCAAUACACGAGUGAGCACGAGUGAUCACGAGUGAUUUGAUAUUGAAUAAAUUAUCGAUUCUUUUUGUAUCUGGAAAGUUUUGGAUACGUGUUUGACAAGGACAUACUAACUAGUUAUGCUUCGUAUUGCUCUGCUCACUUUUAUUGCUGAUAAUAUUGAUAUUAUGAUGCGUUGCAUUCUGUCAUACAUACACACAUACAAACAUCAUGUAUUGAAUGGUCGAUGUUAUAGAAUUGAUAAUUCCAUCUGCAUCUACAUGUACUUGCACCAAUGUCGAUCAUACAUAUCUACUUGUAAUAUAAAUUGUGACGUAAGAAA